AUGACGGAUGUCACCACGGGCAAAAUCUCUUUGGAUGCGGUCUUGAAAAAGAUUGGCCAACCUGAGGCUACAUGGGAAUACAGCAAAGGAGAGCAGCCUGUACCCUUGAGCAUGCAUGCACAGACCUUGACCCGAAGAGAUUAUGACGGGCCGCCUCAGAAGAAGAGGAAGACUAUUGAGCCUCCAUCAACAGCAGCAGAGCCUUCAGCACCUCCUUCAGCACCCGCACCCAUACCCCAACCUCAGACACCAUAUGAGUUAUGCCGGGACAUCCUUCAGGCCCUCCACCGAUCUGAGUACUGCAAUGCUCGCCGCUUCCAGUGGAUAAUUGCGAAGUUUGAGGGUAGAGACCCUGGGCCACCUCCUCCAGAUACACCAGAGCCAGAGGCUGAGGAGCCUGCAUAUGAGGAGCUAGCAGCUAAAGCUGGCCAGGUAGUCGAGCACCCUGAGCGAAGACCUGAGGAGACCACAACUGAGGAGGUAGUGGUUGAGAGAGCUGAGGAGCAGAGAGCCGAGGAGCCGAGAGUAGAGGAGCCGACAGCUAUCGCCGAGCCGAGAGCACAGACCACCACACAGCCAUCCAGUGCCAUUAUUGUCUACCAGCGUCACCACCACCCACCACCGCCAAGCAGUGGAGCUUCACAUGAUUGA